CAUAUCUUAAACUAAACGGUUACGUGGAAAAACUCCAUCCUUACCCAUUUUCUCUCCGACUUCCCCUCUCCCUCUCCCUCUCCCAUGGCGCUCACACACAGCAGGCGCGCGAGCGCAGACGGACUGCUCACAGAAGCUCUUCAAAACGCCUCUCUUCAAGUAAAUCAUCACCAUCACCAUCACCAGCAAGAGAUGAAAUCAUCAGUACUACCGCCUCCUGUGUGGGACUGUGGGAGUAGUCUCUAUGAUUCCUUCGAGCUCUUCAGCUUUUCUCAGCAACUGAAUCGUGCAAUUGCCGGGGAGGGAGUAUCGCCGUCUUCUCUACCAUCUGCUCGUAUUGUGAAAGGCAAGCAUGCCCGAAGUGUGUCAAUGCCCCACAUCGCCACCACAUCCACCACUUCUCAACUCUAUAAACCAGUUGUUAUUAAGGAAGAUGAGCCCAUGAAAGUCGAUGUAGAUUUCUCUCAUAAUACUAACUUUGAGGCGCUGCAUCCCAAGGCGCGGAAAAGAUUCGGGGUUCCCAAAUUAGUGCAGCGGCUCUUCAGCAGAGCGUUUCGGUACAGAAAGGGCGGAAGAGAUCGUACCAAGUCCAAAGCUGGUGAUGAACAUCGCAAGGUCGGCAGAUCAACGUCUGAGCGCAUGCUUUGCUUUACACGGCCGCUUAUUAAGGUCUGGUAGUAUCUGAAUCUGCUUCAGAGUCAAAUAAGUUUAAUGCCCAUCUGGAAAUACCCAGUUAAAAAAAAUGUACUAUUUCUUUUGGAAGCGAUUCAAUAACUUAGCAAUGGAGGCACAGUAUCAGAUGGGUAACAUGUAGGAGUGUUAUGACCCAAAUCUGCGCCUGGGCCACCGAGUUCGUCAUUUGUUUUACAACUGUACCGAGCAGCUAUUGAAUUUGUAUAUUUCAUGUUUUAAGUAUUCGAUUGUUGCAAACUAGUUUUAUCGUACUAUAAACUCUCGUUUUCCAACGAAGAGAGAGCAUAUAUAAAUAUAGCACAGAGGAUCCCCACCGCUUCUGUGUCUGAUUU